AAUUAAUUGAUCUUCGAACGAGAUUUUUUCCGCGUGAUAAGAUAAAAAUUUUCCUUUUUGUUUUGCAGUCGUGUUUUUUUCAAUUAGAUGACACGUCUAAAUUGUUAUCCGCAAUUAAAUCACGCGACGAUCAAAGUACGAUACAUUAAAACUUUCCAAUUUCAUUUUAUCAAAGACGAGUACCGCGAACAGCUUGACCGACUUUGAAACUCUCAAACUUCCAAACAAUCUAUUUAAAGCGAAGUAUCGAUCCUCUCUAUUGCGCGGCUAGAAUUGAAUCGCGUCAUAAUUUUCCACAACACGAAUUAGCAUGAUUAAAGUACACAUGUAUCACCAUCGUUACAAAUAUCAGUUAAAUUAAUAUUAAAUUUAAAUUAAAUUUGCUCAACUUGAUUAAUAUUAAAUCAAUACUUGGCAAAAAGUGAACGGAAAAUUUCGUGAUUCGCUUAUCAAGUGUAAUUGAGGGGAAAAACAUUUAAUAGUACGCAUCCGGAUCAACGGACACCAGCUCUUCCUCCGUCGAAUAGCAUUGCGUUAUUGCGUAUCGGCGGUUUUUCCCCGCGACGUCGAAUAAAUACGGUCGCUGAUCGCGCGCGCACCGCGAGCUCUCGAACUCGUCGUACUGCGUAUUACGUUACAACAGAUAAAUUUAGCGUUUCUUUUACACCGAGCUCGUUGUACCAUUGCCAAUACCGCGACGCGGAAUUAAUUGGCCGCUUGGAAGGCAACCAAUUCUCGUCGUCGAAAAAGCUCCGUCGGGCUCCAUGUCGCAUCAGCCGGGGCACAUCCUCCUGUCUCUCCCUCGCGUAUCUCGUGCGAUCAGUCAGUUAUCGCGAUAUCGACAAUUCAAGUCAUCGGCAUCGAUACUUCUGUGCGCUAAGCGUAUUUACGCUCUUUCGUCGCUCGCGACAGAACGCUGAAAUGCACGAUAAGAGAAUUAGGGGAGCUUAGCACUGAAAAUCGAUGAAUUGUAAUUUUGGCGAGCUCAUGUUGCAGAGACGAGAAGAAAGACUUCUCCUUCGCCAAAAGAAAAGUGAAAGAGAAGCGACGAGAAAAUAUGAGGCUCAUUUUCGCGCGUCUAUUAGCGUCCAGACUAAACUCGGGGAGAUUAUAUCGGCAUUUAGGAAGCUCUCGCGCCCACCGCGUUUUACAAGUUAAAAGAGAUAUUUUUACUUAAGUUAAUAAUUAACUUUUAUCUUGACUUAUAAGUGCUAUUAUUUUACUAUUGUUUUACUUAUUUCUUUUUCUUGUUUACUAGACAGGAAAUACUGAGAUUUUCGUUCGCGCGGGAUUUUCCACGCAAAAAUAUCUGUCUGAUAGCUCGCUACUUGUCUGCGGCAGUUGUGAGACUUCCUUUAUGCCUGAACAAUAUUUUUUUCAACGGUUCAUCGCGAGAUCCCGUAGUUUGCGUAAAUGGAGAAUCCGCAUCGUGUUGCGAACGCUUCGAAUGUCCGCAGACACACAAACGCCAGGCGUAACGUUCUGAGCAACGCGUCGUACGGGCUCACGUGCACCAAGGAUGCCGAGUACAAGUGCAGCGUGAACUACAGCAGCCGCCUGCAACAGGAGAAGAAUUAUUUGCAGCGCAGCGUUUCCGCGGACAAUGUUGUGAUUCGUUCGCGCGGUUACAAGCCGUCCGACAGACACGAUCCGGUGAAAAGGAACUUCCUCGAGAGUCUCACUUCGAAAAUAUUGCACUUCGACAUGGAAGGGGGCGAGACUACUCCGAUUAACUUGCAAAAAUUGCUCACCCCGGCGUCGGACUCUCAUGAGCUAGUACAGUCGAAAAAUAAAAAAAUGUUUGCGUCCUCGUAUUUUUACGCGCCGACGCAUCCGACGGUCGAGGAUCAGGUAGAACUUGCUCGGCGAAUUUCGCAUUCUCUUAGCGAUGUGAAAAAUGUGAAGAGCAAAGGACAGAGCAUGUAUGUGAACAGAAAGAAACGAUCCGUUAAGUGGAUCCACGACGGCAACGGUAUCGAGGAUGAAGAGGAAUCGACUACAACCAUUCAUAAGGACAAGCUUCCUCUCAAAUGCGUGAUGAAUCCAUGCGGAAAAGUGUUGGAUAUCCACGGCAUUCAGGCACUAGGUGAGGAAGUCAAUAUCGCGCCGAAAAAUCCCGAGAAGCUCUUCGAUAUCGUUCGCGACUUGAACACUCAGAAAGGACGUGGCGCUGAGAUAUUUGCGAAACGUAGAAAAAGGUCGGAAAAGUGGGUGGUGGAUCAAGAGCAACCGCAGACACCUAAUACACCCACUACGCCGAAAACGCCAAUGUAUCCGGAGAAACCGGAAAUUAAUGGUAACGCGAAGUUGAUGACGCCGUCAUCAUUGACACCUCGCACGCCGGUUUCGAACAUCGACAAACCGUUUUACAAUCCUUUCACGGUGGACAUCUCCCUCGACAACGCAAAUGUGCCGAUAGCAGACAGGUACCGAUCGCACUGCAACACUAACCAGUGCAGUCACUUCAGCGAAGUAAAAAAGAUUUAUUUGCGAGAGGUAGCGGUCGGCACAGACUCCGAUUUCCCUCCGGACCAAUCUCGAUCAUCCGUCAUCGAAAAAUCUCGACGUAUCGCUUUCGAGCCUACUAACGAUCGCGCUAAUAUCGCCAGUAAUCGUGCAAAUAACAGUAACAGAUACAUUAACAAGGACAGUUAUCAGUCGCCGAGAAAACCCAACUUCUACAACGGACGGAACAACUAUGACGAAGACACGAGGCUCCAAAAGCAUUUCGACAAUAAGUAUAACGGUAAUGCGACGGACAACAAGAUCGCGAACGAGCAACAAAACGGCAGCCACGCGCAGAAUGUCAACGAGGAAACCGAGUACACUCCCGUACCGGUGAAGCAACUGAUACAGGAAUUCGAGAAGACGUGCCGACCGGUUCUACAAUACAAGCAGAUCAGCCCGAAGAUCAUUCCAAUCGUGCAGCAGUGUCCGUUGGAUAACGAUAUAGCGCGCUUCUUCGAGACGAGAAGUCGCGCGAAGUACAACAACAACCCGGAGGAGGAUGCGUACGCGAUACGCGCGUGUGAAGGCUACGAGGGUUCUGCGAAGCCGCAGACCCGGUGCAACGGUCGGUUAUGCGCCACGCAUGAGACCUACCAGAAACUGCAGUCCCGGCGCAACGGACAAUUGUACGGAGACCGCCGCGAGAGUUACGAAGGAGCGGCGAAGCUGCAGCCUCGCUGCAACGGCUACGUUUCCACGGACGAAAGCGAGUACACGACGGACGACAGCGAUUCCGAGGAUAUCGCCGACUAUCAGAGCGAGGCGGGGCCCGUGGACCGCGGCAAUUCCGCACCAUCCGCCCUGCUGAACUGCUGCGACAGCAGCGAAUACUCGUUCGCGUUCGAGGACGAGUACUCGAGUACCGCGAGACGUCGUUCGACCACCUCGCAGGAGCUGGAGGCUCUUUACGGGAACGACGUGGAUGCGAGAUACGUUAACACCGAGGCCGAGAUGCCUCCCGAGGUGAAAUCGUUGAUGCUCUCGAUGAUCGCCUCGCAGGAGGACAUACUCGAGACGAAAAAACACCUGCGUAGCACACCGGUCCUGGAUAAUCUCUUAGGCACCACCACGCCAGAAUUCAAACUCGCUGACGCUAACCCGGAGCUAGGCAAUAAACUGUACGAGAACGACAAUUAUGCUGGACCGAAAUUGUCCAGCCUCCACAAUUUGACGAAUUACAAUACGGCGCCGCGUGGAUGGGAUCAGUCUUUCACUAUCUAUCGGCCUAUUAAAUUCGAGAAACCGCAGGAAAUCAUGUAUUCUGAUUUUUAAGCAUAAUGAAUAUUGAAUUUUGUAAUUACGGUCCUUUUACACGUUGGAGCUGAAGGAUCGAUUGUAAAUCCGGUCUCUCCGAGGCAUCGACGAGAACUACUGGAAUACGUUUUUCGCAUUCUUUCGCGCAUCGUGCAUCCUCAUUAGCGUCAUAAUUUACACCAGCGAUCUGCCCGAAUAGUUGACCACGAAUAGCAUAUACGACAUCAACGGCGUGAUACACGCGACAUGGUUUGGAGUUUCGUUUUGCUUGGUAUACCUCUACCUCUUUUAUCCCUCACUGAGAUAUAUAUAUAUAUAUAUAUAUAUAUAUUUAGUGUUGUUUAUGUUUUGGCGGUGUUACAUUAUUGCAUUUUACUUUAUUAUAUUAUUCAAAUAAAUAUGUUGUUUUCCUAA